AUGAAAUUGUUAUUUCUUCUAGUGUUUCUUUACUAUUUUGAAAAAGCAACUUCCCAACCAUCUCAAAAAAUAGAGAUAUCGUCAAAUGGAGUAGCUGCAUUGCUUUCAUGUCAUUUGAAUUAUUUAAAGGAAGGAACUCUUGGAGAUGUUGAACAAGAGACAAUCCCUCUUAAUGAGAAACCUUACAAAAAAAUUCGAGAAUCAAUUGAAAAUUGUCUUGAUAACAUCAACAAUAAUUGUGGUUCUAUUGGUAAUGAUAUUGUUAAAUUAGACAAGUUCUAUGAAUUUAUCGACAAAACUCUUGACAACCAAAUAUAUGAAGAUUUAAUUAAAAGUAGAAACAAAACCAAAAUGAUGUAUUUUGGUUGGAUAUUGCAAAUACUCUACUAUACUGUUGCUGAUAAACUUGCUGAAAAACUAUUUAAUUCAAAUGAUUUUGAAGGAGGAACAGUUUUAGCUGCAAUUCAAAAAGUUCGUUUUUGUUUAAAUGCUUAA